UUUUGUUUAGUUUUGUGUUGAUAUAAAUUUUUACUUGAUAGCGGUUUGAGAAAAAUUUUUCUUACGAAUUAUUAAAUUAAUGAAUGAUAUGUGAAUUUUGACCGAAGAAAAGUGCAUAGUUUUUUAUUUUACACCGGAGAUUCAUGUGUUAAGAAAUGAUCGAGUACUGGCAGAUUGCACCGGUGAAGAUAUGCUCUAGUUGGUUGCUGUUUCUAGCUUUCGAUAUCAUAUCGGUCUCUUCAGACAGUGCAAACUCCCAAGCUGACGUCGAAAGUCAUUUAGAAAUAGGUAGAGAUUUCCUGGCCAGGGGCCAGCUGCAAGAUGCUUUAUCUCAUUAUCACGCCGCCGUUGAGGGUGAUCCGAGUAAUUAUUUGACGUAUUUCAAAAGAGGCACGGUUUAUUUAGCGUUAGGUAAAGCGAAAUUCGCUUUGCUAGAUUUCGAUAAAGUAUUGGAAUUGAAACCAGAUUUUCAUUCUGCCAGACUUCAGAGAGGGUUGUUAUUGAUGAAACAAGGUGAAAUACAAAAAUCCAAAGAUGAUCUUUAUCAUGUGUACGUCUCAGAUCCGCACAACGCCCCGGAAGCCUACGAUCAUUACCAGAAGCUGGAUAAUAUCCAGUACGAAAUAGACAGUAGUCAUUAUUAUUACGAAAAUAGAGAUUAUUUUUCCGCUAUUCAAUUACUUACUAAAGUAAUCGAGGUAUGUCCUUGGUCUCCGACGUUACGAGAAUUACGUUCAGCUUGCCAUUUAGAAAGAGGUGAUACAGAAGCGGCCAUAUUAGAUUUAAGAUCGGCUACUAAAUUGCUUACGGAUAAUACCGAAGGCUUUUUUAAAAUCUCAAUGUUACAAUAUAGGCUCGGUAAAUUAGCCGACUCGUUAAAAGAAAUUAGAGAAUGUUUAAAACUAGAUCCGGAACAUAAGAACUGUUUCCCACAUUAUAAAAAAGUCAAAAAAAUCGAUAAACUUAUGACCGACGCUGAUGAACACGUCAAUGCCAAAGAAUACGGUCUAUGUGCCGAAAAAGCUAAAAAAAUGUUAUUAGCGGAAAAGGAAGAACCCAUGAUUAUGUUCUUAGCUAAGCAGAAAUUGUGCCACUGUUAUUUACACGAUGAACAAUUCGCAUUAAGUUUACAAUACUGCCAAGAGGCCUUGGAUAUACACAGAACACCUGAUGUACAUUGCGAAAAAGCUGAGGUCUAUAUUGCCACCGAAAUGUACGAAGAAGCUAUACACGAGUUUAGUAAAGCUUUAGAACUCGAUAGAGAAUUCCAAAGAGCUGUUAAUGGUCAGAAACGAGCUCAAAAGCUGCAAAAGAUGGCAGAGAAGAGGGAUUAUUAUAAAAUAUUAAACGUUAAGAGAUCAGCGACUAAACAAGAAAUCAUCAAAGCUUAUAGAAAAGCUGCUCAAAAAUGGCAUCCAGAUAAUUUCCAAGGCGAUGAAAAGAAAAUGGCCGAAAAGAAGUUUAUCGAUGUUGCUGCAGCCAAAGAAGUUCUCACUGAUCCUGAAAAACGACAGAAAUUCGAUAACGGCGAAGAUCCCCUAGAUCCCGAAUCCGGUGCUCAUCCUCAAGGAUUUAAUCCAUUUCAACAAUUUCACCAAUUUCACGGCAGUCCUUUCACGUUCAAGUUUCACUUCAAUUAAUGUUGUUCUUAGUACCACAUCUGAUAAUAUGUGGCCUAUGUUCGUAUUUAUGAUGAGAAUGUCCAUCCGGCUGGAUUGUUUAGUAUUUUGAUGAUAAUCAAAAAGACCCGAAAAGUGCUACGUUUACCAGCUCAAAAAUGCAUUUUCGAUGUAAAGUAUUGUAAAUUAUUAUCAAAAUUUGUACAUAUUGGUAAAAGAUAUCACAAUUUUUUUUUUCGUAUUUCGCGUACAAGGCAACAUGAAAAAUUGCCAUUGUAAAUGGUACGUUUUUAUCAAGAGCUUAGAAUGUUUGCCUCGUCUUCCGAUUUCGAUUUCGUUGAUAUGUACUUUUUCUAGUGCUGAGAAUCAUGCUUGAGUUUAAUACCAGUUAUGUUAUCUUGGUACAAUUUAACCUGUAAAAUAGUCAGUUAUAAUGUAUUUUUCAUUAUGUACUUAUCGACUGAUGGUUUUUGUUCGUCUUCGUUUUUUUUUUUUUUUUUUUUUAACGUGUAUAUUAUGUAAAACACGAUGUACCUAUGUUUUAAUACGAAUUUUAAAGUAACAUUGCCAUAUAAUGUUGGUAUUCGUGCGACUAGUUCGAUGCUGGUACAGUAAAUUGUUUCUUGUACUCUUAUUAUUGUUUAAUUGUUUAUUUUAUUAAUUUAUUAGCUAACUUGUUUUUUCUUUCUUUCUUUCUUUAUUGAUUCUCGUGAAUUAUAUUGAUUUGAUUUAUAAAAAUUUUAUACAGAAUAUAAAAUCAUUGUUACCAUU